AAGGCGGGAGAAGCGAAGCGAGACGAGGAGGGAGAGGAGAGGAGAGGAGAGGAGAGGAGGGUACAGUCAUGUCAUUAUGGUCAGUCGAUCAUUGUCAGCUCUUGCUCGCCUGCUUCCUUUCCUUGGCUCUUCUACCUGGUUUGCUUGCCAUGGCGCCAGCAGCAAACUCUCCUACGAGGUUGAGAAGCUCGCAGAUCUUGAGGAUGCAGUUGAGAGAGUUGCAGGAAAACCCGUCAGAGCUUUUCUCGGCAGGUCUCGUCGACGACUCCAACAUGUUAGAGUGGAACAUCUGCAUCAGUGGGCCGCCGGACUCCCUCUAUGAAGGAGGAAUAUUCAGUGCGAGGUUGUCGUUUCCAGAGAAUUAUCCCGACAAGCCUCCCAGCAUGAAGUUUCUCACUCCCAUCUGGCAUCCCAACGUUUACAGCAACGGAGAUGUCUGCAUCUCCAUCCUCCAUGCCCCCGGUGAAGACGCGACCAACCCGCAGGAGCUCGCGAGCAUGAGGUGGAACCCCGUCCACACGGUGGAGACAAUCGUGCUAAGUGUCAUCUCCAUGCUCUCGGACCCAACCGACGACUCUCCUGCCAACGUAGAAGCUGCGGUUGAGCUGCGCAACAACUUCAAUCUCUACAAGCAACAUGUCUCCAAGUGCGUUGCCGACUCCCUUGAAAUGUGAAAAGAAGCGCUUAGCAUU